AUGUCGCGGUUCGUGAGGGCAUCCAAAUAUCGGCACGUCUUUGGACAGCAGGGGAAGAAAGAAUAUGGUCUAGAUAAUAUCAAGGUGUCGAAUAGUGCAUGGGACACUAACGUUGUGUCCGCAUCGUCGCGAUACAUCAGUAUCAACUGGAAUGCAUCUGGAGGUGGAGCAUUUGGUAUCCUCCCUCUGCCCUCACCAUUCGAUCCUCUUCCGCACGGGUUUCCUUCAAAGCUGCCAGAUCUGGUUCCUCUUGCCCGCAGUCACUCAGCGCCUGUGCUCGACACUGAUUGGUCCCCAUUCAACGACUCCGUCGUGGCUUCUGCCGGCGACGACGGAAAAGUCAUGAUCUGGAAGGUUGAAUCGUCUGUGUUCGAAGGAUGGGGCCUCGAACACUGGGAGCCGCAGGACUUCGACCCAGUUGCACGGAUUGAUGUUUCACCACGUCGUGUCGGACAAGUCCUUUUCCAUCCGACAGCAAACAACGUGCUUGCAAGCACGACUGGUGACCAUGUUGUGAAGCUGUGGGAUCUGGCCAAUCCAGAGAACGCAAGGGCUGUUUUGAGCGGUCAUGGAGACGCAAUACAGAGCCUGGCAUUCAACCCGUCCGGUAACUUGCUCGUCACGACGUGCAGGGACCGUAGAAUUAGACUAUUUGAUCCUCGUGCGAGUGGUGAGGCUGUCCGUAUAGCCGAGGGACACGGUGGUAUCAAGGGUGCUCGCGUAGUCUGGAUGGGCGACCGAGACAAUAUUGUGACAACUGGAUUCAGCAAGAUGAGUGACCGUCAAGUUGCAAUAUGGGAGACCGGAGGACUUGGAAAUGUGAAGAUGACUACUAUUGAUCAGACGUCGGGUGUACUCAUGCCGUUCUGGUCUGAUAAUAACAUCCUUUUCCUCGCUGGUAAAGGAGAUGGUAAUAUCAGGUACUAUGAGUAUGAGAACGACCAGCUAUUUGGACUCUCCGAAUACAAGUCUUCUGAUCCACAGCGGGGCAUGUGCUUCCUGCCUCGUCGUGCUCUUAAUGUGGCAGAGUGCGAGAUCGCCCGUGCUUAUAAGGUCGCUGCUUCUUCAAUAGAAGCUAUUGCCUUUAUCGUUCCCCGAAAGUCCGAUUCCUUCCAAUCUGACAUUUAUCCCCCUGCACCGUCUGCCGAUCCCGCUCUCUCUGCCGGCGAAUUCUUCUCUGGGAAGGCUGCUCCACCAAAUCUUGUCAGUCUCGAUACGGGUGCGAUUUCCGUCGGAGCCCCUCCAUCGGCUGUGCCGUCUACACCUGCCCCGCAGUUUGUUUCCACUCCUACAAGGACGACGAGCGCACCGACUCCUGCUCCUGUAUCCGUGCCAAGUAUAUCCGUUCAAGUCGAGUCUGUACCUUCCCCCGUGGCGAGGAAGCCCGAGUCGAGUCCAGCCUUGUACACACCAGUCGAACCGAAGACGCCGGGUCUCAGUGAGAGCGGGGAAGUGGCGUCGCUGAAGGACGAAAACGUCCGCCUGAAUAUGGAACUGCGCGAGGCUCGAGCACAGAUCAGGAACCUGGAGUUGCAGGUCGAGAGCAUCAAAGCGAACGCGCGCAAGGCGGCGGCGCUAUUGGAUAGCUAA